AAGUCGGCGGUCUGCGGAAUAAUUAAAUGUAGGCGGCUACUGUGAGUGGCUGUGUGCCAAAGUAGCCGCACCAGCACCGCGGCGCUGGUCUCCACCCGAUCGACAGCAGUUUGGACAUAAAUCCAGAACACACGGUACCAGCAAUCGACGACAAUGGUUUUAUUCUUCAUGGGAGGUAAAUCCAGUGGUGAACGUCCACGCCGUCUCAUAUAAUUCGUUCUUAACCUCUGUAACACUGUGACAGUAGUGUUUGAAUAUCGGUGGCCACGUGAUCGCUACGUACCUGGUGUCUCCUUAUGGAAAGGAUGACUCCCUCUGUCCGAAGGAUUUGAAGAUGAGGGCACUGGUCGACCAGAGGCUGUAUUUCAACGCGACAGUACUCUUUCCUCGUAUAAAGAAUACGACCACUGUACGCAAGCAUGCCUAUUACGCUGUACUAUUACCCAGCAAGUCCGGGCCCGAGACUGGUCCUGGCCACUGCUAAAGCAAUCGGCCUAGAUGUCGACGUCAGACUUGUCGAUCUGCUCGCGAAGGAGCACCUAAAGGAGGAAUAUCUCAAGAUUAAUCCAGAACAUACGAUACCAACUUUAGACGACAACGGCUUCAUUAUAUGGGACAGCCAUGCGAUCGCCACGUACCUCGUGUCGCAGUACGGAAAAGACGACUCUCUGUAUCCGAAGGAGCCAAAGAAGAGGGCGCGAGUUGAUCAACGGUUGUAUUUCGAAGCAACAACGCUUUUCCCACGGUUGAAGGCCAUUACAUUUCCACUGCUGUUCCUGGGUAAAACCGAAGUAGAGCCAGAUAAGAAGACAGCCCUCUAUGACGCCCUGGGACUCCUUGAGAAGUACCUGGAGCCGACGGGCUGGGUGGCUGGAGACGGCGCCACCAUCGCCGACAUCGCCUGCGCCGCCACGGCUUCCAGCAUUCUGGAAAGCGGCGUAGAUUUUACUGGGUUUCCGAGGACUCGGAGCUGGCUGGAGCGCUGCAGUCGCGACAUUCCUGGCUUCGAGGCAGCCAACGCUGAGGGGGCGAAGCAGGUCGGCCAAGUUAUCAGCAGCCGGCUUCCGCCAAACGCUCUGGCUCUCUGAGCAGAACAGCAGGCGGAAGACGUCUCAGCACACAAAGAAAACUAAUUAAACAAUUUCCUUUGACCUUGUGUAAUUUAUUUAUUUAUUAUCGAACAAUAAAUUUC